UCGCUGCGUCUGAUUGUCAAUCAUCAGAAAACACAGGGAAUACGAGACUGAAACUGGGGGGAAGGUCGGGUGAAGAGAAAAUCUCAGGUCAUAUUGUACACUGAGUCAGUGAAUAAUAAGCGGAGAAACUGGUGGGAACCACUUCGGGAGCGAACGCGUAAGCGCUCAGUCCAUGAGCGUAAAACUUGGCGAGUUUCAUUACUGCGUGUGUACACUCUGGAAAGAGAAAACACGGGCGAUUCUUGUGCAGACGAGGAAAAGGCGAAACGCCACCUACAAAACUACGGAAUAUUGCGGCGAAAGUGGAGUAUAAAGUUUUGUGUUUUUGAUCUAAAGUCAUCGGCUGGUUUCGGGAGUUUGAGUCUUGCUUUCCUUGAGAAGUUUAAGCAGCUAGUCGGGUUUGGAAUUUCAGAGUCCUUCGCAGUCAGCUAUAGCGAGGUGGGGAUCGCAGGGAGGAGUGUCGGUUAUCGGGAAUUACGCAUAGAACAAACCUCUCCACGGCACAGAAAAAAGCCGAGAAGAUGAGCGGGGGAGAUGUUGUCUGUUCUGGCUGGCUGAGAAAGUCUCCGCCUGAGAAAAAGUUGAGACGUUACGCAUGGAAGAAACGGUGGUUUGUUCUUCGCAGCGGCCGUCUCACCGGAGACCCCGACGUGCUGGAGUACUACAAAAAUGACCACACCAAGAAGCCCAUCCGUGUUAUCGACCUGAACCUGUGUGAGCAAGUGGACGCCGGCCUGACGUUCCGAAAGAAAGACCUGGAGAACAGCUUCAUCUUCGACAUCAAGACCAUCGACCGGAUCUUCUACCUGGUGGCUGACACGGAGGACGAGAUGAACAAGUGGGUCCGGUGCAUCUGCGACAUCUGCGGGUUCAACCCAACUGACGACGAUUCGAGUAAACCCUCGCACCAGGCCAGCAGCGCAGUCAUGGACGUGCCCCCGCACCCUGGCCUGGUCACCAUGUCCCCCUCGCCCAUCAACAACGUGCCACCCCCCUACCAGCCCGUCAGCGUCCGCCACCUGGAGUCCUCAUCCAGCCUGGAGGAGCCGCAGGACUACCUGUGGCUGGUCAACUGCGAGAGCAAGAAGCCCGAGCCGGCCAGGCCCCAUGCUGGCUCCUCCAAGUCUACCUCCUCAGAGACGGACUGUAACGACAACCUCCCCUCACACAGGACUUCGGCGGCAGCCGUCUCUAAGCACGCCUCGGUCAACGGCUUCUUCUCGCAGCAGCCCAGCCUGUACGACUCGCCCCCGUCCCGCCUGCCCUCCCUGUCCACGGAGGCAAGCCUGUACAACCUGCCCCGCAGCUACUCCCAGGACACCGUGCUGCUGCCCAAGUCCGCCUCCUCGCCCCCGGCGCCAGACGCCGACUCGGCCGGCGAGAUGUACGUGUUUGGCGUGCCCUCCCGGAAGGCCUCCAUGGAGAGCCAGCUCCGCCAGGUGUCCAUCAGCUACGACAUUCCCCCCGCGCCCGGGAGCAACUCCGCCUACCAGGUCCCCAGGACGGCGGGGCCCGAGGUCGCCGGAGCCGUCGCCGCGCAGUCCGACGUGCCCCCUCCGCGGCCCCCCAAGCCCUCGCUGACAGCCCCCCCGGAGCGUUCGCCGACGGAAACCUACGCCGUCCCGCGCUCCGUCUCCGAGACCGACGGCAACUACUGCGUGCCCCCAAGCGCGGGGAGCAAAGCGCUGCGCAGCAACACCAUCGCCACGGUGGACUCGUCCCGCCUCAGGAAAGAUUACGGAUCUCAAGACUGCUACGACAUCCCCAGAUCGUUUCCAUCGGAGGGAAGUGGAUCGUUUGAGUUUAACGAAAGCUUCAACGCCUACUUAAAACACAAAGGCAUGGUGCCCGUGCGCAGCGCCUCCACCGAGGAGGUGGACGAGAACUACGUCCACAUGAGCGCCAACUCGCCCUCCCACCACCACUCCGGCAGCCUCUCGGAGCCCAUCCAGGAGCCAAACUACGUGCCCAUGACCCCCGGCACGGUGGAGUUCUCCUCCCUGGGCAAGCAGGUCCCUCCCCCAGCGCACAUGGGCUUCCGCUCCAGCCCCAAGACCCCGCCCCGGCGGCCCAUGCUCAUCACCGACUGCCAGCCCCCGCCCGUCGACCGCAACCUCAAACCCGACCGCAAAGGUCAGAGCCCUAAAAUAUUACGGGCCAAACCGCUUGGUUUAGAGCGAACUGAUUCACAAACCGUAGGUGAUUUCUCCAGACGACGCAAGGUGAAACCGGCCCCUCUGGAGAUCAAGCCCCUGCCGGAAUGGGACGAGCAGCCGGCGCCCGUCCGCUCCCCAGUCACCCGCUCCUUUGCCCGGGAUCCCUCCAGGUUCCCUAUGCCUCCGAGACCUUCAUCGGUGCAGAGCACUGGCUCCAGCACUGACUCCGAGGAAUCUGAUGAGAAUUAUGUUCCCAUGGUCGUCCCUAAUAUGUCCACAGACGAACCAGUAUGUAAACUCAACUCCACAGCUACUCUUCCUGCUUUGACACAAAACAUGAAACUCAGCGCUCCAAUGAAUGCAGAAGGAGGCAGCAGUCCCAUGGUGAAGCCCAAAGGAGACAAACAGGUGGAAUAUCUGGACUUAGACCUGGACCCUGGCAAAUCCACUCCCCCUCGAAAGAAGAAGAGCAACGGCACGGGCAGCACGGCGUCGGACGAGCGGGUGGACUACGUGGUGGUGGACCAGCAGCGGACGCGGGCCCUGAAGGACACCCGAGAGGCGUGGAACGACGGCAGGCAAUCCACGGAGACCGACUCUCUCUCGAAAGGCCCCAAGUGAGCGGCGACACUGAGACCCAAACUCUGCCCCCCUCCCAAGCCCCGCCCUUUCCCCCGGCCCCCCACGAGCUCACGGCCCUCGCUGGAGGACCCCGAGGGAGACUGUGCGCAUGGACCACAGUGUUGUGUUUACAGCGCCACCUAUCUGAGUGCGGUGCCCCUGGCUCUGAGAUGUAAGCUCACUACUACGGCAACACCGCGAUGCAGGAAGAACUUCCCCCCCUCUCUCUGUUCGGCUGGAGCCUGUAGAGACGUUGCUAAAGCAGGAGACCUUAGGACCAGUAAAACACUUUCUCACAUUGCAUUAAGUUCCCAUGUGCUUUCGUUCACAUGUACACUGUUUCGACAGCUGACGGGACAUGCUGCGUUUGAAAAUUGCAUUCACACAUUCACAUACUCACACAGGAGUAGAUUCA